CGUAGUAUUAGUAAUAACAAGAAUUUGAACAAUGAUUCAAAUCCAUCAGCAUCACAAAAUCCACAAGAUCUUCCUCCCCUUAGACCUCUUAAAAAAUUCCAAAACUACGUUGACUACGAUUUCUCAAAGAUGCGAGAUUCACGUGGUGGAUUCUUAUUCGAGGAGGAAGAAGAAAGAGGAGGCGGGAAAAAUAAACAAAAAAUAGAAAUACAAUUCCAAGAAGAUCCACGAAAUUUUUUGAGCAUGGAUAUGGAAAAAAAUCCCAAAUGCAACGAAUGCCACGAAUCAAUUGACCUCGAUUUUAAUUUCUCGAAAAUUUUCGGGGUACAAGUGUGUUUCACGUGCAAAAACAAUCUUCCGGAAAAGUAUAGUCUCCUAACAAAGACUGAAGUAAAAGAAGAUUACCUACUAACUGAUGCUGAACUUCGUGAUGCCGAACUGUUGCCUCAUUGGUUGAAACCGAAUCCGCAUAAGUCAACGUGGAACUCAAUGAUGUUAUUUCUUCGAAUGCAAGUUGAAGAGUUUGCGUUUAAAAAAUGGGGCGGGGAGGAUGGUCUUGAUCAAGAAUAUCAACGUCGACAAUCGGAGAAACAAAAGCAAAAGGAAAAAAAAUUCAGGUCAAAGAUCGCUAGUUUGAGAAAACGUACUCGUACCGAUGAGGCGGAAAAAAGUCGGCAGCGAUCCCAUACUCAUGAGUUUGGUCCUGCUGUAUUGAAUCCUGAAACUGGUGUCUCUGUGCAGACUUGUGAUUCUUGUGGUAUGAAAAUAGAAGUCGUGGAGUUUUGA